GCCCACCACCAAUGAUGCCCACCCCUUAGUGCAGUUGAACCACGUUCUAUAGCCAAGAUGGUGGUCCAGAGACUGAUCCAUUCCCUGAGACCAUGAUGGAAGAGACCCCUCCAGGCCCAAAGAUGGGGAACAUCACGGCAGACAACUCCUCAAUGCACUGCGCCAUUGACCAUACCAUCCACCAGACGCUGGCCCCAGUGUUCUACAUCACAGUGCUGGUGGUGGGCUUCCCAGCCAAUUGCCUGUCCCUCUACUUCGGCUACCUGCAGGUCAAGGCCCGGAACGAGCUGGGUGUGUACUUGUGUAACCUAACUGUGGCAGACCUCUUUUACAUCUGCUCUCUCCCCUUCUGGCUACAAUACGUGCUGCAACAUGACCACUGGCCACAUAGCAACCUGUCCUGCCAGGUGUGCGGCAUCCUUCUCUAUGAGAACAUCUACAUCAGCGUGGGCUUCCUCUGCUGCAUCUCCAUCGACCGCUACCUGGCCGUGGCCCAUCCCUUCCGCUUCCACCAGUUCCGGACCCUGAAGGCAGCCGUUGGAGUCAGUGUGGUCAUCUGGGUCAAGGAACUGCUGACCAGCAUCAUCUUCCUCAUGCACGAGGAGAUCAAUGUGGAUGAGAACCAACACCAUGUCUGCUUUGAGCACUAUCCCAUCCAGCCCUGGCAGCGCAACAUCAACUACUACCGCUUCCUGGUGGGCUUCCUCUUCCCCAUCUGCCUGCUGCUCAUCUCCUACCAGGGCAUCCUGAGGGCCGUGCGCCGGAGCCACGGCACCCAGAAGAGCCGCAAGGACCAGAUCCAGAGGCUGGUGCUGAGCACCGUGGUCAUCUUCCUGGCCUGCUUCCUGCCUUACCACGUGUUGCUGCUCGUGCGCAGCGUCUGGGAGUCCAGCUGCGAGUUCGCCAAGAGCGUCUUUAACGCCUACCACUUCUCGCUGCUCCUCACCAGCGUGAACUGCGUAGCCGAUCCCGUGCUAUACUGCUUCGUCAGUGAGACGACCCACAGGGACUUGGCCCGUCUCCGAGGGGCCUGCCUGACCUUCUUCACCUGCUCCAGGACUGGCCGGGCCAGGGAGGCCUACCCGCUGGGCGCCUCUGAGGUCUCUGGGAAGAGCGGAGUGCAGGACCAAGAGCCCGAGUUAUUAGCUAAGCUCCAUUUAGCAGCCUUCCAGACCCCUGACUCACCAGGAAUGGGAGGGUCCCCCACAGGUGGCUUGGCCUAGUCUGAGUCACCUAUGUAUGGGGCUGCUUGAGGCCUGAGCCUUCCACCAAGGAACCUCAUG